UGGACGCGUCAUUUCCAAGUCGUCGCCAUCGUCGCUGCAGCGCCAUGGUAGUACGAUCGACAGCCGCCUUUCUUCUUGUCGCCGCCGUCGCCCACAGCACGGCGGGUCUUGACAUCGGCGACAACACGCAGCCGACCAAGUCGGGUGUCCCGACGUGGGUCGAUGUCAACACGCCUGCCGAGGUCUACAACAAGACGAGCUCCCGCGGCGACGCGUGGCAGCUCGUCAUGAGCGACGAAUUCGAGCUCGACGGGCGCAACUUUAGCGCCGGCUACGACCAUCUCUGGACCGCGCUCGACAUUCCCGAUGGCGUCAACCGCGCCAUUGAGAUUUACACACCCAAGAACGCGCUGACCGAGAACGGGUCGUUCCAUAUUCGCAUCGACUCUGGCGAAGUCGACAUCGCGUACUACAACGUGUGGGCCAACAUCCCUGGCUGGACAAAGAAGAAAAUGUAUUACUCGGCGGCAAUGGUGCAGACGUGGAACAAGUUUUGCAUCCAAGGCGGCUUUGUCGAAGUCGCAGCCAAGCUCCCGGGCGCGCUAAACAAGGAGUCGAUGAACCCGCAUGUCCAAGGCAAGCUCUGGACGCCCCAAGGCAUGAAGCCCAUCAAGCCCGCCGACAAGAUCCCGGACAUUCGGUUCUACCCAACGUGGCCAGGCAUCUGGCUCAUGGGCAACCUCGGGCGCGCACUCUUUGCGGCGUCGACCAACAAGAUGUGGCCCUGGACGUACAACGAGUGCACGGAGCUCUCGCGCAAGAACCAGCGCAUCUCGGCAUGCAACAGAACCCUGGCUUUGGGCUUCACCCGAACCAAGGCCGCGGCGCGCCGGAGAUCGACAUUCUCGAAGGCGAUUGCACCGGGCAUGCCGGACGAGUACCGGCUCACGACUCCCGUGUUGGCGCUCGAAGCCUCGACCAACGUCGACCCUCAGGGGCGAAAGGGUGUCGGCCACGUCUUUUGCUACUACGACAAGAACUGCCUCACGCCCGGGGCCAACAUGGCCGACGUGUCAACGGCCGCGUUUGCGUCGCGCGGCCACAAGUCGUGGUACCAUGGUCUCCGAUACGCUGCCAACGACAGGUGCUCGCCCGACCCGAAGCUUGUCCAGCAGUACGAGUCGGUCGCCAAGGCCCAGAACGGCACGAUCAUUGACAACCAGUGGGACAUCAAAACCAUUAGCUCGGGCAAGGACCUCCACGCCGACUUGAGCUUGAUUGAUGGCAAGGGCCCGCUGCAUUGGGGUAUCAAUUACAAGGGCACGUGCUUCCCGAUCGCGAACGGGUACAAGGGUGGCUUCCUCUGCGACCGCGACAGCAUGAACCCGAAAUGCGACAACCCGCGCAAGGCGCACGAGCAGGAGACCAUGAUGAUGGAGCCGUUCGAGUACCAAAUGGAUGCGAUCUCGUCCAACUGGGACAUCAACUACGAAGCGUACACGACCUACUACAAGUACCAGCUCGAGUGGGUCAUGGGCGACGAUGGCUACGUGCGCUGGGCCCUCGACGGCGCGCCGAUUUUCGAGAUCCCGGCGUCGUCGAUGACCAACCCGCCCCAAGGCGGGAAGGAACCCAACCCGAAGAAGAUCAUGAUUGAAGAGCCGAGCUACAUUCUCUUCAACGUGGCGAUGGCGUCGGCCUGGGGCGCGACGCCGCCCAACUGGCAGGUGGGUCCGUGCCGCGGCAACGCCUCAAUCCCGACGCCUGGCUCGGACGAGUUCAAGAUGUCCAACAACAUCUGCGACUCGUUCCCCAUGUACUUGUCGAUCGACUACAUCCGCGUCUGGCAAGACGCGUCUCGCAUGAGCUACGGCUGUGAUCCCGCGACCCAUCCCACCAAGGAAUUUAUCAAGGCGCACAUCACCAACUACACGGACCCCCUCAACUUGGAUCUUCCGGUCGCGGGCGGCGCAUCGUGCAAGUCGGCUGACGACUGCACCGUCACGACGAGCCUUACGGGUGCGUGUGUCAAGAGCCGCUGCGAGUGCAUGCACGGGUGGACGGGCCCUCGCUGCACCAAAUACGACCUGAAAGACGCCUCGUUCGGUCCGUCCAUGGCGCUGUCCGUGGGCCUUGUCGCCUUUGCCGUCGCCGCGUCUGUCGGCGCGUUCGUUCUGCGCCAAAAGCAGCGCCGAACGCUCGAGAAGACUCUCGAAGUGUUCCGCGACCAGCGCAAGAGCCAGCUCUCGGCGCGGCAAUCCGAUAUCAUUGACAACACACCUUAGCCAACGUGACGACGACGACGACGACACGGACCGCACGCACUCUCUCCUAUCGUAGCCGCAGCCCAGUUUACCCUAAUCUAUGGUCGU